AUGGUGUGUGUUGAAGCAGGAACUGUUCUUAUCAGAAGCAGUAAUGGCCAACUAAUGCUAGUAUCUCAACAAGCAAUAGCACGAGCACAGAACCAGCCACAAAAUAACACAAGUGUGAGACCAUCUGUAGCAACCAGCACACCUGCAAUCAGAAUAUGUGCUGUACAGAACUCUGGCACCCAGUUACUAAGGAAAGUAGCAGCUACUCCUGUGAAAACAUUAUCUCAGACAACAAAUGCUGUGGCUUCCACUGUUCAGCCACCUGUUGUAAUACAGCCAGCAGCUGCAACAGCUAGUGUUACUACAGUUACUGCUGUAAAGCCUUCGAGUACUGGAACACCUGUAAAACUUCCAGUUACAGGACCACCUGCACAAGCUAUCUCCCAAAAGGCAGUCUCUGUGAAAGCAGAGGGCACAACAGUAGCACAGACCAGCGCUUCUACAGAGAUGCUAGAGAAUGUGAAGAAAUGCAAGAAUUUUCUUGCUACGCUAAUAAAACUGGCAUCUAGUGGGCCUCAAGCCCAUGAGAUGGGGCAGAAUGUGAAGAAUCUGGUGCAAAAUCUAUUGGAAGCAAAAAUUGAACCAGAAGAAUUUACAAAAAAGCUUUACAUAGAGCUCAAGUCAUCACCACAACCAUAUUUAGUUCCUUUUCUGAAGAAAAGCAUGCUUGCCUUACGGCAGCUAAUGCCCAACGCUCAGAGCUUUAUCCAGCAGUGUUUGCAGCAGCCAGCUCCAACCCAAGAAGCUGUUUUGACUUGUACCUCUGCAACACCAGCUCCUUCGAUAGCAGUGACAACCUUGGCUGUAACAACAACUUCUCUUCCAGUUAUAAAACAAGAAUCUGCCUCUGUAACAGUCACAGCCUCUCCAUUUAUAAAACAAGACUCUGCCUCUGUAACAGUCACAGCCUCUCCAGUUACAAAACAAGAAUCUGCCUCUCUAACAGUCACAGCCUCUCCAGUUACAAAACCAGUGUCUGCUAGUGCAUUGGCAACAGCUUCUCUGCAGACUGUGAAGCCUGUUCCUUCUUCUGCAGUGGUGACAGCAUCUCUUCAGCCUGCAGCUCCAGUGCUUACCACAACAAUAGCAACAUCAGGGCCGACUGCUAUUCAAACUGUCAAGCCAGUCUUCCCCUCUGCAGUAGCAACACCAUCUCUCCAGUCUACAAAGCCAGUGCUGGUCUCUACAGCAGCAUCUUCAGCAACAACCCCUCUCCAGCCUCUGAAACCGGUCAUUGGAACCCCAAUCAGUAUUAAAAUCUCAAAGCCAAACUCCAUUGUUGCACAGUCAGUGGGUGCUCAGCAGGUCGUUAAAGUGAAACAGUUGGUAGUCCAACAACCAUCAGGAACCAUUGUAAAGCAAGUAUCUACAGUCCCCCAACCCUCAACACUGACCAUACAGACAUCUGCUGAGGAAAGGAUGCCACUGAAUACACUUGUUCAAACUAAUCGGUUUCCAACAGGUUCCAUUCUGAAACAAAUUACCCUGCCAGGAAAUAAAAUUCUGUCGCUUCAAGCAUCUCCUGUUCAGAAAGCUCAAAUAAAAGAGAAUGGAGAAACAUCUUUCAGUAGAGAUGAAGAUGACAUAAAUGAUGUGACUUCUAUGGCUGGGGUCAACCUGAAAGAGGAGAAUGCGUGCAUUUUGGCAACAAACUCUGAGCUUAUUGGUACAGUGAUCCGCUCUUGCGCAGAUGAACCUUUUCUCUCCUCAGAAGUGCUUCAGAAGAGGAUCUUGAACAUAGGUAAAAGGCAUGACAUUAUGGAACUUAACUCUGAUGUUGUGAACUUGAUCUCCCAUGCUACACAGGAGAGAUUACGAGGGCUCCUAGAAAAACUAACUGUAAUUGCUCAGCACAGAGUAUCAACCCACAAGGGGAGCGAUAGAUACAUUGUAUCUAGCGACACUAAAGCGCAGCUGAGAUUUCUUGAAAAGCUUGAUCACCUAGAAAAGCAGAGAAAGGUCGAAGAGGAACGUGAAAUGUUGCUUCGAGCAGCCAAGAGCCGUUCCAAUAAAGAAGAUCCAGAGCAACUGCGGUUAAAGCAGAAAGCGAAAGAGAUGCAACAGUUGGAGUUAGCACAAAUGCAGCAAAGAGAAGCCAACCUCACAGCUUUGGCGGCCAUUGGACCAAGGAAGAAAAGACCAUUGGAUUCAUCAAACGUUGGAUCUGGGCUGGAGGGUUUCAAUGGCAAUGGAACUGCUUCUGGAUCAUCAGGUUUUAGCCUUACGAAACAGCUGCUCUGUCCAAGAAUAACCCGUGUCUGUCUCAGGGACUUGAUAUUCUGCAUGGAACAAGAGAGGGAGAUGAAGCAUUCUCUAACCUUGUACCGUGCUCUUCUGAAGUGAUUUGAAUUUUACAUUUCACCUUGCUGUCUACUGCCAAAGAAAACACUGAAGCAUUGUUGCACUGUCUUGAAAUUCCUAUUUCUGGAAAAUGAUCCGUUGUAAGGAUAACUCUUGUUUACAGAUAAACAUUUUUAUUAAAUACCUAACUUAGCACCUGUAGGGUUUUUAAUAAUAUUUGGCUUAAACCAGUCUGUAAACCAGUGAAAAUACUCAGCUGCACAUACAAGCACCUGACUACCUGCUUGCAUUUAACUGUCUUGCAAGCUCUGAGGGCUUGAUAUGUGUCCCUAGUUUAUGGAUGUCGCUUGCUUCAGUACUCCAGAGUCUGCAACAUCUGUUCUACGUGUUGUGCCUUCUUCUAAUCCAACCUCAUUUAGGGAAACAAAUAACACUUUAAAGGCACUGCAUAGCAUGGCAACUGUAUUUAAUCAUGAACCAGCAGUCAGUCAACAUGCUAAUGUAUUGCCUACCUGACUCAGCAUGUCCUUAAGUUUUCUGGUUUUAGAAUUACUACUUGAUGCUCGUUUGUGAAGAGCAAAGUCACAAGCUGAAAGAAUGAGGGGUGCUUUCUCCAACCCCCCCGUUGCUUCAACUUCCCUCCUCCUUUCCUCUGAGAAAGUGACUGAGGGAAAGUGAACAAAAUUAGUCAUUCUUAUGAUUGAAGUACAUCAGACAGUGUAGUUGAGCAUACUUCGAUGUUCAGGGAAAAUUUGGAAUUACUAAAUUUCAAUACAAGGAGUGGAAGAGCCUAAAAAGGAAGGAUAAAUGAAAGAAACGGUUUAUCUAGAUACAAAAAAUACCAUUGGACUUGAGUAUUAGAUGUAGAAAGAAAUGAACAAAAGCAACCCGUGCUGACUGCAAAAGAAGGGAAAGCUUGGGAUGCACUGAAACUUUGCAGCUGGAGUUUCUCUAAAGGAGAAGAGCAGUGUUUGCAAAGCACAGGAUUCACUGCUUUAUUUGAAAUAUUGCUUUAAUACCUUAAUGUGGUAUAAAAGGGAAACUUCCCAAAUAACAGGUAUUUAGGCAGUUGUCUGGUUUCCAUUGAGUGAGGAGGAGGACUCCAGAUUAUUAAGACUGCUAGAAUAGAUUCACAAACUUUCAACUUGCUGGUAAAGACUGCCUUGUGGUGAAAGGAAAACCUUCUGGGUCACCCUUUUCCACAGCCUCCAAACAUUUUGCCUCCCAUGACACAGUGCUAUAUAGCAUGGCUGUUUCCCAGGACCGGGGGAAAGGCUCUGACUGUAUUGAAUGGCUUCCUGCUGAAACUUUUCUUUUAAGGACAAGCUUCCUAUGGUUAUUUGGCAUGCUACUUCAAAACUUGAAGCAAUGAUUCAGACGCCCUCCACCGUCAGAACUACCGUAGAUAGUUACCAAAUUCAAUAAGUUUUGAAUAGGUUAUGGGGUUUUUUGUUGGAACAGUAGUAAACAAAUCUAGUAAACAAAUGCUGUAAAUUAUUUAUAUAUGUAUAUAUAGCAUAUAUAUAUAUAUAUAUAUAAAAGAAAAGCAGUACUUUGAGUAAGCUAUAGUUUGCAAGAUAUUGACCACA